AUGGCAGCGCCAUCAAGUCGGCACCUCCGCGUGCUAUGGACGCGUCUCUUCCUCCUAAGCGCGACUUGUAUCACAGGCCUCAUCGUUGCACGUCGCCGCAAGCUCCGCCGCUUCCAUCUGCACAUUCUAAAUGACAAAUUGGCCGACUGCGGCCGCUUCUUUGCGCUCGAUAUCGGCGGCACAUUGGCCAAAAUGGUCUAUUUCCAGUCAGUGGACGGCGCGGCAGCUGCGCAGCGGCAGCAGAUGAAGCGCCAACGGAAGCGAGGGGACGACAUGACGCUCGACAACGAGCGCACGCGAGUGGAGGGAAGCCUGCCGCUUAUUGACGACUGUCUCAUGAGUCUCUGCAAAACCGACGACGUCCAACGAGACGAGCGCCUGCAGAUGCUCGUGCCCGAGUUGGGCGGCACGCUCCAUUUCAUUAGCUUCCCGACCGCGAAAAUGCACGAGAUGACCGACUUUGUCCGCUGUCACUUUUUCCAUCGGUACAUUAAAAAAAUUGCGUGUACGGGCGGCGGAGCUUUCAAGUUUUCUCCGCUGUUCGAGUCGCGCUUGGGUAUUGAACUCCAGCGAGCAGACGAGAUGGAUGCGCUGAUUCAAGGACUCAACUUUGUGCUGCGGUACGCUCCAGACGAGUGCUACACAUUCGUGAAUGUCGUUCCGGACACUUGUGGACUGGGGAGUGCACCCAAAACGAUAUUGCCAAAGCCAAACAAGCACGAGUUGUACCCGUUCCUGCUUGUAAACAUUGGCUCGGGUGUGAGUAUCCUCAAAGUCACUGGUGAAUCAGAGUACGAGCGUGUCUCCGGGACGAGUCUUGGAGGUGGCACGUUUCUAGGACUGUGUCGUGCGCUGUCUAAACUGCGCACGUUUGACGAAGCGAUGGAUGCAAGUGUCGAAGGGGAUUCAACUGUUGUGGACAUGACGGUCGGGGAUAUCUACGGCGCUGCUGGUUAUGAGCGAUUCCAGCUUAAGCCCGAUACAGUGGCCAGCAGCUUUGGCAAGGCCGGUGCACGCCGCUUGCCACAGGCACCGAGACCGGCGGAUCUGGCGCGUUCGCUCCUCUUUAUGAUCACGCAAAACUUGGGUCAGCUGGCAUUUCUGAACGCGCGUCGCGUAGAGACCAAGCAGAUCUACUUUUCCGGCAACUUUCUCCGCCACAACGAGUUGGCGUGUCGACAGCUGGCAUAUGCUAUCGGCUUUUGGUCCAAGGGGGAGAUGCAGGCGCAAUUCUUCCAUCACGAGGGCUUUUUCGGCGCGCUGGGGACGUUUCUCCAGCGGUACCACUCGCUCUCUAAGUCGCACGUAGUGCAUGUGGAACAGCAAGAGGUUGACGACAAGGCAAAAGUUGACGUCCGAAGGAUGGGACAAGGAGCACGAGACGACGGAGCAAGUGUCAGGAGAUAG